AUGCAUGUCCCCGGGGGCAAGUUCGACUUUGACGACGGGGGCUGCUACGUGGGGGGCUGGGAGGCGGGGCGGGCACAUGGCUACGGCGUGUGCACGGGGCCCGGCGCCCAGGGCGAGUACAGCGGCUGCUGGGCGCACGGCUUCGAGUCGCUGGGCGUCUUCACGGGGCCCGGCGGACACAGCUACCAAGGCCACUGGCAGCAGGGCAAGCGCGAAGGGCUGGGCGUGGAGCGCAAGAGCCGCUGGACGUACCGCGGCGAGUGGCUGGGCGGGCUGAAGGGGCGCAGCGGCGUGUGGGAGAGCGUGUCCGGCCUGCGCUACGCCGGGCUCUGGAAGGACGGCUUCCAGGAUGGCUACGGCACCGAGACCUACUCCGACGGAGGCACCUACCAGGGCCAGUGGCAGGCCGGGAAGCGCCAUGGUUAUGGGGUGCGCCAGAGUGUACCCUACCAUCAGGCGGCGCUGCUGCGCUCACCUCGCCGCACCUCGCUGGACUCAGGCCACAGCGACCCCCCGACGCCACCUCCACCCCUGCCCCUCCCUGGAGACGAGGGAGGCAGCCCAGCCUCGGGCUCCCGGGGAGGCUUCGUGCUGGCUGGGCCCGGGGACCCCGACGGGGCGUCCUCCCGGAAGCGCACCCCGGCCGCAGGUGGAUUCUUCCGCCGCUCUCUGCUGCUCAGUGGGCUCAGGGCUGGCGGGCGCCGCAGUUCCCUAGGCAGCAAGAGGGGAUCCCUGCGUAGCGAGGUGAGCAGCGAAGUGGGCAGCACAGGACCCCCAGGCUCCGAGGCCAGUGGGCCCCCAGUUCCUGUGCCACCCACCCUCAUCGAGGGCUCAGCCACUGAGGUAUACGCCGGGGAAUGGCGCGCCGAUCGGCGAAGUGGCUACGGAGUGAGCCAGCGCUCCAACGGGCUGCGCUACGAGGGCGAGUGGCUGGGCAACAGGCGGCAUGGCUACGGGCGCACCACCCGCCCCGACGGCUCGCGUGAGGAGGGCAAGUACAAGCGCAAUCGCCUGGUGCACGGAGGACGCGUCCGCAGCCUCCUGCCUCUGGCCCUUAGGCGGGGCAAAGUCAAGGAGAAAGUGGACAGGGCUGUGGAGGGUGCCCGUCGAGCCGUGAGUGCAGCCCGCCAGCGCCAGGAAAUUGCUGCUGCCAGGGCAGCAGAUGCUCUCCUAAAAGCAGUGGCAGCCAGCAGUGUCGCUGAGAAGGCUGUGGAGGCAGCACGGAUGGCCAAACUGAUAGCCCAGGACUUACAGCCCAUGCUAGAGGCCCCAGGCCGCAGACCCAGGCAGGAUUCAGAAGGUUCCGACACAGAGCCCUUGGAUGAGGACAGCCCCGGGGUUUACGAGAAUGGACUGACCCCCUCAGAGGGCUCUCCUGAGCUACCCAGCAGCCCUGCCUCCUCCCGCCAACCCUGGCGACCCCCUGCCUGCCGCAGUCCACUGCCUCCUGGAGGAGACUGGGGUCCCUUCUCCAGCCCCAAAUCUUGGCCUGAGGAGUGGGGGGGGCCAGGCGAACAGGUAGAAGAACUAGCUGGCUAUGAGGCUGAGGACGAGGCUGGAAUGCAGAGGCUAGGGCCCAGAGAUGGAUCCCCACUCCUGGGAGGCUGCAGCGACAGUUCAGUAAGCCUUCGAGAGGAGGAAGGGGAAGAUGAAGAGCCCUUGCCCAAGUUGAGGGGCCCAGGGGGCUUGGAGUCUGAGCCUGUCACCACACCGGUCCUGAGGGACCCAUCCUCAAGGGGUCCUGAUGCUGGGUGCCUGACCGAAGAGUUGGAGGAGCCUGCUGCAACUGAGAGGCCUGCCCAGCCGGGAGCUGCCAAUCCCCUGGUGGUGGGAGCCGUGGCCCUCCUGGACCUCAGCCUGGCAUUCCUGUUCUCCCAGCUCCUCACCUGAGGCAACUUCCUGGCCUCUUUCUGGCUUGGUCACUUGCCUCUCUACCCCCUUUGACCUGCCUUUUUCUCUUUCCCUCCUCCUGGUUGUGUUUUCUCCUAUCUUUCCUUCUCUCCAUCUUUUCUUUUCUGAGCCCCUUUAUUUUUGUCUUACUUUUUCCCUUUCUUCUUUUGGAUUAUCUCAUUUAUUCUGGAUCUGUCUUCCUUGCUCCCUUCUCUACCCCAUCCCCUUCUUUCUCUAGAUUGUUUACAUAUGAAGGGCUUUUCUCUCUCAGAGUUGCUUUCUUCUCUGAGGCAUACAAAUCUAAGUCAGACCAUUGCCCCCAUGCCCUCCCCAACGUUUCUUUAAACCUAAACUUUGAUGAGGGUGGGGGGUUGGUAUCCUGAGGAGUCUCCUGAGUGGAGGAAGAAAAUGGAGAAGGAUUAAUUGAAUGCAGGACUAGGUACUAGCUGAGCCCCUGUAGUUUCCUGGCCCAAAUGAAAAGCUGGAGGAGCCAUCUUUACCCUUACCUUGGAGGAUUUUAUCUCACCUCCCAGGACCCAGUUAGGUUCUUGCCUAAAUUGAACCUUUUCUGGGGAGUAAAGGGAAGUGAACAAUGGAAUAAACUCCCUAGACUUUCCCUUUCUUUCCUCAGUAGCCAAUCCCUCUUCUGAACCCCAAGGAUGGCCACUGAGGAUGCCAUGGCAUGCCAAGAGCAAUGUGUAGAGGAACAAAAGUAUUCAAUACAGCCAAGCCCACCCCUCUCAGAUUCUACCACUGACCUCUAUGCUUCUGUGGUCUGGACUCACUUGUGGCCUUUGAUUAAAUUCCUAAGGGGCCAGAAGAAGACACAUCUACUGCAGAGGGUUAGAGGCAUUGAGCCAGGGCACCAUUCCCAGCUCUGGUGGCUGUGGUGGGGAAGGUAUUUCUGAAAGAUGGACCCAGGAAUGAUAAGAGAAGCUGGAUGGGCAGCAACAGCAGCAGCUGUGGCAAGUCUACUAGUCUCCCAGUGGGUUUCCCCCAUCACGUUAAAAUCUGGUGAAAUGGGAAAACAACCUAGAAAGGAUCAAAGGAAGCUGAUGUCUCCAACACUACACUUCCCAGACAGGGCAGAGGUGGGAGUCAAAGAUCAGAAGAGAGGUCUUAUUUGAAGGUGUGUGUACCAGGAUGUGGCUGAUCUCUGGUACUAGCUUUUCCCCUGGGGACAGGAAGCCCUAGGAAAAGGGGACUGUAGAGUCCCCAGGGGAACAUUUCUCCCUCCCCUGCAUGAGGCAGAGGCCAGCUGCCUGCCAACCCCCUCCCUCACGGAAUGGCCCAGCCCAGGAAUGCCCACCAUACACACCCACUUCUUUUUUUUCUAGUCCAAACUCUGUUAACUCCUUGGCCUGCCUCCCUCCUUCCUCCCCUCUCAACCUUUACUUCUGAUUUCUAUUUCAUGGAAUUUGGGAUUGAAGUUAUACAACAGUGCCGCCAACACCAAGUCUU